CCGACUCAUGAUGCUCGCCCGAUAAGAAGAAAAGGAUCUUGCCCACCACCACCACCCAGAAGAACCGAAAACCCUCAUCGCUGCCUUUAGGACAAGACGACCGGCCUCGGCCGCGCUCCCACCGUCUCCAACCACCACAAUGCCGCGCUCCGUCGCUCGCCUGAGCACCCACGACGAACGAGAGGAAGACGCAAGUGAGGACCACCAGAGCCUCCUCUUCAUGCCGCCCACUCCGCUCGAGGGCCCUUCAGCUGCUUCCUCAACAUACUGGCCAUCAACAUCCUCCUCAUCCCCCUCCUCCUCAGACGACGACGAUGACGCCAACGACAAUGACCCGUCAUCUCUCCGAAACAAUGACCGCCAGAAGCGGACUCACUGGACCCCCAUCAUCCUAAUCCAGCUCAUGAUCUUCCUCUCCGCCAUGAGCGUCGUCAUCUCCUUCGCUCCGCGCACGCGCUUGUUCGAGGACAUCAUUUGUAGGAAGUACUAUGCGAUUCAUAACGGGACGACUGAUAGUGGCAUCACUUCCGCCGGUACCCUCUUAUCGAUGACCACCAACCUCGACCUCAGCCAGGCACAAGCACCCUCCGAAUCGCAAUGCAAAAUCGCUCCCGUGCAGGACGCCCUCGCCGAGCUAUUUGGAUGGCAGAUUUUCUUCGACGGCAUCCCCGGCCUCUUGCUCGCCAUGUACUACGGCGUCUUGGCCGACAAGAAGGGUCGUAGUCCUGUCUUGUUCCGUUCCUUGCUGGGACAAGUUCUGGCAGCGGGCUGGGUUCUUUACGUCGCUUGGAGGUGUUCUUCUGCUUCGGCGCUUUCUUCCGCCGGCUCUGACGCAGGCAGCAACAGCGACAACAGCGACACCGGGAUGAUUGACGGCUGGGCACAUCUACUUUCGCUCAAAGCCACUUGGUUGAGUUCCUACUUCUUGAUCAUCGGCGGCGGAAGCACGGUCACGAGUGCAGUGGGCAUGAUGAUUGUCACGGACGCGACGACGGAGGAGAAUCGCAGUCGCGUCUUUUUCGCGGCGCUGUCGACGUUGAUUACGGCGGAGUUGCUGGGUCCGGCUGCUAGUACGCUGAUGAUGCAGCGAUGGGGACUUUGGGUUCCUUUGGGUGUUGGGUUUGGGUGUCUGGUUAUGAGCGCUAUUUUGACGGCGAAUAUGCCCGAGACUAUGCAUCUCAAGCGCGCUCGUUCUGGAGCGGGUACUGAUUCGGAGGCAUUGGUCUGCGGGGACGAUGAUUACGACGACGACACGGAGGCGUCCGUCAUCAACGGAGUCAACUUGAGGAAGAAUGGCGACGUCAACAAUUCGGCCAUCCAAGUCUACCGCCACGCCGCCCACACGCUCGCCUACAUCUUCCAUCACCCCAGCAUCCUGUUUGUCGUUCUCGCCUUCUUGGUCGCCGAUUACUCGCGCGAGUCGCUUGUCAUGCUGAUGCAGUUCGUAUCCACACGGUACCACAUUCCCAUUGCUCAGGCAAACCUCCUCAACUCCUUCCGCGCCUUCACCCAACUCUUCAUCGUGACGAUCCUCCUGCCCUCCGUCGACUACCUAAUCACCCACCGUCUGCGCGUGCCUGCCCUGCGCAAAGACCUGAUCCUAUCUCGUAUCUCCUUCUGCUUCGUUACCGCCUGCUUCGGCGUCCUAGUCUGGGCCCCUUCUCUCCGCUACGUCUUUGUCUCCUUGACCCUCUACACCCUCGGCUCGGGGUUCUAUCCCUUUGGACGAAGUUUACUGGCGAGCCUGGUGGAACCCGACAUGAUUGGGAUUCUGUUUACCACGCUCGCCAUGAUGGAUACUGCAGGUAGCUUGAUGGCGGGACCGGCGGUCGCUUGGACCUUUAGUUGGAGUUUGGGACUGGAGGGGCUGUGGAGGGGGCUGCCUUAUCUGGUUUCUUGUGUGCUUUGUGCGGUGGCGACCAUCUUUCUGGUUUUUGGUGUUAAGGCUGAGAGGCCUGUUUCGAGUGACGAGACAACGUUGGGGAGGAAGGGCCCAAAGGGUAAGGGCAAAGCAAAGAGGAAGAGGAGAGGAAAGGGGAAAGGGAAGGGUGUUGCAAGGGUCGCUGUGAGGGCUUUGAGAGAUGUAGAGGAGGAGGAAGAUCAGGAGGAGGGGGAGACAAAGCCGUUGUUGGCUGGACAAUAACUAGAUCUAGAGCUGAUGGCCAAGGACGAUGGCAGACGCGGACGAAAAGCAUUGGGAGGCGUUCUAGGGCUAGAGUACGGGAGUUAUACACGUAAAAUGGUUAUCAGGAUCGCUGACGGGAGAGAACUUGAUUGGCUAUGUUUGAACCGAAGAAGCAUUUACAGCUUCCUCGUGAAUAGCUGCAGACAGCCGCGGGAUUAACUGCUAUAGCCGUUCGGUACCUGCGCAUUGUAAAUCUUCGGCGGUGGCGCCUAGCGUAGAUGAACAAACGUCGGUGACGUGACGAUCCAACUGGGGCCGGUCCUAAUGAAAAAAGCUGACAAAUGGAAUGAUCAGGCCAUGACGUUAACUGCCGG